AUGUGCUUGUGGCGCACUCUUCCCACAAAUCCGCCCCUUAACCAUCCUCCUCCUCUCCUCUCUCCCUCUAACUCCCCUUCCGCUCGUUUUCCUCCACCUCUUUUCUCUCCCCAUCUGCUGCAGCUGGUGACUGAUUGUGUAUUGAAGUUGUUGCUCCUCCACACCUUUCCUCCUCCUCAGUACCCUCCCCUCAACUGCUCAACUGCAAACUCCUUCACAACUAUCCCUCCUCUUAUUUCUCCCCUCAGCAGCACAGCAGCAGACUACCCCGCCACUAUCCCUCCUCUAGUUUCUCCCCUUAGCGGCGCAGCAGCAGACUACUCCGCCACUAUCCCUCCUCCUCUAGUUUCUCCCCUUAGCGGCGCAGCAGCAGACUACUCCGCCACUAUCCCUCCUCCUCUAGUUUCUCCCCUCAGCGGCGUAGCAGCAGACUACUUCGCCACUAUCCCUCCUCCUCUUGUUUCUCCCUUCAGCGGCGCAGCAGCAGACUACUCCGCCACUAUCCCUCCUCCUCUAGUUUCUCCCCUCAGCGGCGCAGCAGCAGACUACUCCGCCACUAUCCCUCCUCCUCUAGUUUCUCCCCUCAACGGCGCAGCAGCAGACUACUCCGCCACUAUCCCUCCUCCUCUAGUUUCUCCCCUCAGCAGCGCAGCAGCAGACUCCUUCGCCCUUAUUCCUCUGCCUCUUAUAUCUCUCCCCUCAUCUGCUCUGCAGCUCGCAGUCAACUUCCCCAGUUGGCUUAACUGUCUAGAGCGCACGCUGUCUGGCACCCUCGUGAGUGGCUUUAACCUCUGGUUUUUCACUCAGCAGAGUGGUUCUGGCGCCAUUCCUAAACCUGCCUCUGCACCUACCUCUAUCUCCUCUGACCCCUAUGCUGAUGGCCUUCGUGCUGCUAUCGCUGAAACUGAGCGGAUUGCGGCCACGGCCCAAGCCACUGCUACGGCUGCUCCUGACAAUGCUGCAGCCCGUCACCUCACUCGUGUUCUUGCUGAGUCCCUCGAGAGCACCCGCAAGCGCCUCACUGAGCACCUCACUGCCCCCUCUCCUCGCUCUGCCUCUACUCCCUCUGCUUUUGCUCCAUCUCACUCUGACCUUCUCGCUGACUGGCAUGUUGCCAAUGCACGUGCCUGCCAGGUCAUCCUUGCCUGCCUACCUCCAACCCUUCUCCCUCAGUGCUCGCACAUCCGCUAUGCCAAGGACCUUCUCGGCUAUCUUAUCGAGCUCUUCCAGUCGCAGACUCCCAUCAGUGUCAUUGCCCUCUUACGCGAGCUUACCUCUCUUCGCCUUGCUGACUUCACCACCAUGGCGGACUACAUUGCUCGUGUGCAGACGCUGUCCUCCCAACUUGCCUCUCAAAAGUUUGAACUUUCCGAUCAUGUGUGCAGUGCCCUCCUCCUCACAGGCCUCACUCCUGAAUACAGUGUUCAUGUCACUCUGUAUGGUGAGCGCCCUACCGACCAGUGGUCGUUCUCUCGUGUCUCUGCCUUCCUCCUCCAGGCAGAGCUCAACCUCCGCAGCUGCCCUCCUACUGCCGCCGCUGUCACACCCUCUUCCGCCCCCCCCCCCCUCUCCCCACCUCCACUGUCGCCGCUGCUUCCUCUCGCCCUCGCAACACCUUCCCUCCUUGCACCUACAUCAUUCGCCAAGGGCCCCGCAAGGUAUCUUCGUCCCACAGUUGCUGCUCUUUCUCUCCCUCACACUCUUGAGUUUGUUCUUGACAGUGGUGCCAUUGACUCUGUUUUUCGUGAUGCUGGUGUGCUUCGCUCUUUUCCCCAACCCCUCUCCAUUCAAGGAGCUGGGGAUACCAUGACCAUGACUUGCACUGCUACCUCCUCUCUUCCUUGUCCUGCCUCCCCCUCUGGUGCUGUGACUGGCCUCUAUGUCCCUUCCUGCUGCCACAACCUUCUCUCUCUCUGCUCUUCAACGUCUUUGUGUGCGAGCUAUCUUUCCUGA